AUGACAUCCAUCUCCCAGCUUGCCGCCAUCCACCGGCCCGACCUGGGCCCCCUGGAAGAGCUGUACAGGUACCUGCACGCAAACCCAGAGCUCUCGAACCAGGAGUCAGAAACGGCGGCGCACAUCGCCAAGCUGCUGCGCGACAUAUCCGCAGAUUUCGUCAUCAAACCCAACAUCGGCGGCCACGGCCUGGCAGCGAUCCUGAACAAUGGCGACGGGCCCACCGUGCUGCUGCGGGCUGACAUUGACGGGCUGCCGGUGCUGGAGCGGACAGGCCUGCCCUACGCCAGCACCAAACGCAUGCUAAAUGCCGACGGCGUGGAAAAGCCAGUGAUGCACGCCUGCGGCCACGACAUGCACAUAACGUGCCUCAUUGGGGCCGCGCAGCUGCUCGUAGCCGCGCGCGCGUCGUGGGCUGGCACGCUGGUGUUGGCGUUCCAGCCGGCCGAAGAGCGGGGCACGGGCGCGCAGGCCAUGAUCGACGACGGCCUGUACGACGCGGCGCGGCACGGCGUGCCGGUGCCCGACGUGGCGCUGGGGGCGCACGUGAUGCCGUUCCGGUCGGGCGGCAUCGGCACGCGGCGCGGGUUGGUGGCCGGGUCGGCCGACAGCAUGCGCGUGACACUGCACGGGCGGGGCGCGCACGCGUCGAUGCCGCACCGCGCCGUCGACCCCGUCGUCAUGGCGGCCAGCGCCGUGAUGCGGCUGCAGACCAUCGUGGCGCGCGAGGUCGACCCCGCCGACAGCGCCGUCGUGACCGUGGCCAGCAUCCACGCCGGCGACGCCGAGAACGUCAUCGCCGACGACGCCACGCUGUCCAUCGACACGCGGUCCGUCACGCGCGCCACGCGCGACCGCGUCAUGGGCCGCAUCCGCGACCUGGUGCGCGCGGAGAGCGCCGCGGCCAUGGCCGUGCGCGAGCCGACGUUCGAGACGACGCGCAGCUUCCCGCUGACGGUCAACGACGCAAGCGUCACGGCGAGGAUUGAGGACGCCUUCGCCGAGCACUUUAGCGAGGGCCCCAGCCAGUACAACCGCGACAUCCCGCGGCUAGCCGUCAGCGAGGACUUUAGCAUCCUCGCGUCGGCCGUCGACAGGCCCUACUGCUUCUUCCUCUACGGCGGCACCGGCCACGAGCUGUGGGACAAGGCCGAGGCGGACGGCGCGCUGGAGCGCAUCCCGACUAACCACUCGGGCUCCUUCGCGCCGGCCAUCCAGCCGACGCUGCAGACGGGGUUGGACGGGUACGCUGUGGGCGCCUUGGCUUUUCUUGUCAGGCGGGAUUAA